UGCAGACGCUUUUGCAGCUGUGUUCAAAAAUAGUAACAUCCUGUGUAAAGCUAAGCUGUUGGAGUUACCAUAUAUGGAAAGCAUUUCUCUGUACUUGCCUGUGCUGUUGAAUUAUCACGAUGAUGAAACAAAUGUGCUUAGACGUUGAAGGGCUGCACGUAAUUGAGCAGCGAGUUGUAAAGAAAGUGUUUGGGUAAAAAGUUUCAGGAAGUUGAGCAGGGAAGUGGUGAGGAGAUUCAAAGAGGAAGGUCUCACCACAAGAUGGUUGGAUGGCAGAAGCAGGUUACCAAAGUCCAAGGAAUGAGCGGGGGGGAUAAGUUUCAGGAACUCCAGGAAUGCAAACGAGAAGGCAAAACCAAUCUGGCAGCUCUUGCAGCAGAAAGUCUUGUGCUGAAGCUCUGCCUGAUACACCCACAGGCUGUAAGAGCUGGUUACACCCUGAUAGGAAAGAGGGAGGGGCAGACAGAGACGCACGCACCGAUCCGCAUACAGCUCUGUGGACGUGACAAAGUGAGGACGGCGAUGGGAACCAAAGCAAAGAGUGAAAUCAAGACACCCCUGCUAAACGAAGGCCAAGCUUCCAGAAACCGUUGCCUCGUGAAGUGCAGCUCCGUCCUUCUCUUCAUGGCUUUAUCCGUGGUGUCGUUCAUGCUGUACUACAUGGACGUCAGCGAUCAGAGCAGCUGCAUACUCGACGGGAAACUCUGCAUUUUCAGAAAGACGACUGACACAAUGCCGCCGGUACCCGAAACCAUCACUCCGUCACAUCCCACUGAGCCAGCCAGCGUCUGCUCCUUCCACUCGGCGUCACCUGAAAACGCCACAGAGGUCAACAUGUUGAAGGAGGCCAUCGCCUGGCCCGAAACGCCGCCUGUGCCGCCUGACUUUUCCCUGGACGACACCAGCGAUCCGGCUCGCAGCUCCUUCACCAUUCUGCCGCGGAGAGGAGGGGGAAGUUGGCACGUCGGGGAUCAGCUGGAGGUUCUGGUAAAAGUCUCCGACUUCCGCGGUCGCCCCAGGAAGUCUGGAGGAGACUUGCUCUACGCCCGGCUGCAGAACCGUGCCGCGUUGGCAGGCGUGGUGGGGAAAGUGUUGGAUCACCGCAACGGCUCCUACACCGCCGUGUUCGCUUUGCUCUGGGAAGGAAGCGCAGAAGUUGAGGUGUCCUUGGUUCACCCCAGUGAGGCGAUCACAGUCUUGGCAAAAGUGACCCACGACUAUCCAGACAGAGCACAUUUUCUUAGCGUCUUUCGCUCAGGCGCCGUCGCAGAGACGGUUAUGUGCAACGUGUGCCUCAAGGGUCCCAAAGAGAAGCUGUGCAACUACACUGACCUGCACACGGGCGAGCCCUGGUUCUGCUACAAGCCACAGAAACUGAGCUGUGACAACAGGAUCACCCACUCCAAAGGAGGAUUCCAUUUCAAACCAGAAUCCAACGAAAGUCAGCUCUUUCAGCGUGGCGUCAACAUGAAAGUCUCCAUUCCGUCAUCGGGGCCUUUCGGCAUCAACAUUUUACCCAAACUUAAAGAUGGGACCAGUGAAGUUGUGAAGGCUGAACCUGCUGGUUAUUACUACCAGGGAGCGUGGCGAGCAUUAGACGGCACCACAGUCCGUCAGUUUAACAACGCCUCGGCGAGAACCCAGUGUCUGAAAGGGAAAGUAGUCCACCUCUAUGGAGACUCCACCGUCAGGCAAUUUUUUGAAUUUUUAACUGCAACAACCCCAGAUCUCAAGAUCUUUGACCUGAAAAGUCCUGGGAAGGCAGGACCAUACAUGGCCUUGGAUUACAAAAACAACAUCUUACUGACGUACCGAUGCCACGGCACCCCCAUCCUUUACACCCCCAUGCUGGCCAUUGAGACGCGCCACAUUGCCACCGAGUUGAGAACUGUGGCCGGAGGCCCGGACACCGUCGUAGUGAUUAGCGUCUGGGCACACUUCACCUCUUUCCCCAUGGAGGUCUACAUCCGACGUCUGCUCAACAUAAAGAGGGCAGUGGUGCAGCUGCUGACCAGAGCUCCAGACACGCUGGUCAUCAUCAGGACUUCCAAUCCCAAAGGGUCAGUUCUCAAUGAGAUAUGGACCAGCAGUGACUGGUACGCCCUCCAGUGUUAUAAGGUCCUCAGGGAAAUAUUCAAAGGGGUGAACGUCCAGGUACUGGACGCCUGGGAGAUGUGCUUGGCCCACCACCUGCCACACAGCCUCCACCCGCAGACUCCCAUAAUAAAGAAUAUGAUCGAUGUUGUUCUGUCCCACACUUGUCCCCUUGGUGGGAAGUCACAGCAGUCAGGAAAACAUUGAAGUGGCAAAUGGGACUGAAAGACAAAGGUCGCUACUCGACUCACACCUUGUGACGUCUUGUACAAAAGAAGUGAGUAAAAUAUCAAUGUAGAACAGAAAUAGAUUAAGUCAGUUUUGCAAACUAAUGAUCGUAACAGUCUGUUACCAAGGAGCUUUUUGGAGAUUUCUUCAAAGAGUCGGGAUUGACCAGAACAUUUCUGCACUUAGUUACAUUUCUCAGGAUAAAUAUCAAUUUGCACUUAUCACUUGU